AAAUGUUUAAAAGUUGUUUAAAUGUUUAAAAGUUGUUUAAAUGUUGUUUAAAAGUUCAAUCUUUGUAUCUCCGGUGUGUCCAAUCACGGUCCUGGAGGGUCCAUUCCCCGCUCCCGGUUUAACGGGUAAAACGAGACACCGAACUGCUUCAGGGUCCGAGAGGAGGAUCAACGGGGACCGACAAGCCGUCCAAAACAGGGCUGGAACAAAGGGAAGGACACAGAGAAGAGACAGCAAAGGACAGCAACGUGUCUUUUAUUCAGGCGCGGAUGCGGUCACCCGAAUUGGAGGUCCUAGCGGAGAAAGAGGAAGUAAACAGACUCGUGGGCAAAGGCAGCCGCGCAGAGAGAGAGAGAGAGAGAAACUCUACCUGAACCGAAAACGAAACCCGCAAAGAUCCAGCAACACCGCAGCGCGGACGAUGACGGUUCACAAUCUGUACCUCUUCGAUCGGAACGGGGCGUGCUUGCACUACAGCGAGUGGAAUCGGAAAAAGCAAGCCGGGAUCUCCAAGGACGAGGAGUACAAGCUGAUGUACGGCAUGCUGUUCUCAAUCCGCUCUUUCGUCAAUAAGAUGUCUCCUCUGGAUAUGAAGGACGGCUUCCUGACUUUCCAGACCAGCAAGUACAAGCUGCACUACUACGAGACACCUUCGGGGGUGAAGGUGGUGAUGAACACGGACCUCGGGGUGCCCACCUGCAGAGACACGCUGCACCAGAUCUACAGCACGAUCUACGUGGAGUACGUUGUAAAGAACCCGCUGUGCAGUAUGAGUGAAGCCAUUCAGAGCGAUCUCUUCUGUUCCAAGCUCGAUAGCUUCGUCAGGGGGCUCCCCUUCUUCUCAGCCCGGGCCGGCUAGCUUCUGCUGGCCGCUUCGACCCGGGACACUUCAAACCCCACCCCCCCCCCCCCCCCCCCCCCAAUAAGACAGGAUUGAAGGGCGGGAGCCGGCACGGGAGGUGUCAUUUUGACGAAAACGAUUAACACUCUCUGGGAUGGAAGGAAGACUCCCGUCGUGUAGCAGUCUGAUCCGUUCCUGUGUUUUUGGUCAGACUCACCUGAGCUUGUUGCCUGUACACACUGUGGGCUAAUCAAGCUGGUAGCUAACCUUUUAACAAGGGACAUAGGUCUCCCUUUCCCCACACAAAUACAGACAAUGCUAACUUUCUUAUUUUUGCAGUGAGGGUUUGAAAUGUCCUGACGGGCUGGAUCUGGUCAUCCAGAUACUCGAGUCGCUCUGAAAUGUAUUUUUUAAGAAUUAUUAACCGUUUAGUCUACCAAGCAGAGCUCGAUUCCAACCUGGAACAGGUGAAACCGCUACGCAAUGGGAGUCUUAUUCCCAUCCCCGAGAAACUCUGGGACUGGUUGCUGACCUUGUCUGAAUGGGCUGUUUGUAUUUCUGCAAUGUAUAGAGCUGUCAGCAAAUGUUAUACAUAGAAUUAUAGGGUUAAGACAUUAAAAAACAACUUUAUGAA